AUGCACAUCCUAGUCACCAACGACGACGGGCCUCCCUCCCCUCACUCGUCCCCCUACGUCCACUCCCUUGUCCGAACCCUCCAGGACUACGGACACACUGUCAGCGUCUGCCUCCCGCACACGCAACGCUCAUGGAUAGGCAAAGCGCACAUGAUCGGCCAGACCGUCAAGCCGCUCUACUACCGGCCCCCCCCCCUCUCCGAGCCGGCCGCGGGGUUGGUCCACGAGGACGAACGGAACGACAGCCACGGCACCACGCACACGAGACCGUCGUCCGUCCCUGGGACGGAGGAGUGGAUCCUCGUCGACGGGACGCCUGCGUCGUGCGUCCAGAUUGGGCUGUACCACUUUUUUCAAGACCGCGGUCCGGUGGAUUUGGUGGUUUCGGGACCGAACUACGGGAGGAACUCCACGGCUGUUUUUGCGUUGAGCAGUGGGACGUUGGGGGGAGCGUUGGAGGCGGCGGUUUGUAAGCGCAGGGCGGUGGCGUUGAGUUAUGCCUUUUUCACGAGGAAUCAUGAUACGGAGAUUAUUUUGAAGGCGUCGAGGCAAAGUGUGAGGGUGAUUGAGGCGCUUUGGAAGCAGUGGCCGGAGGAUGGGAGUGUGGAUUUGUAUAGUGUUAAUGUGCCGUUGGUGGAGGGGUUUGAGGGGGGGACGGUGCUCUGGACGGGGAUGUUGCAGAAUUAUUGGGGGGAGGGGAGUUGUUUUACCGAGGUGGAUGGGAGUGUGGAUGGGGAGGUGGAGGAUGAGGAGAGGAUUAGAGAGGGGGAGAAGAGUCCUGAGAAGGAGGGGGAGGAAGGGGGGAUGUUGGUGAAGGGGGGGGUGCAUACGCAUAAGCAUUUCAAGUGGAGUCCGAGGUUUACGGAUGUUUACAAGAGUGUGGAUGAGGCGGGGCCGGGGAAUGAUGGGUGGGCUGUUAAGGAGGGGCAUACGAGUAUUACGCCCCUGAAAGCCAACUUCUUCCAGGCUGCUACCCACCUUCAUGGCGGAGAGUUGCAACUGUAA